AUGCCCCAAAUCCUGAUAUUUAUUUACUCUAGUUUAUGGAAGAAUAACCUCUGUGCUUUGUCUGUCCACACAGGUCCACCAGUAGAGCUACCAGAGUUUACUCUGGUUAGUGAGGAGAGGAGCAUGGCUGAAGCCCAGAAGUUCUGCAGGGAGUACUAUGAGGAACUGGCCACCAUCUUCAAUGCUGAGGACCAGACAGCAGCUCUGAGAGCAGUGUCAGCACAGAGCCUCACUGACGCUGUCUGGGUCCACUCCCAUUACCGUGCCUUUUGGCCCCAACUGGCCUAUUGGAAUACACCAAAUGCAAAGUGUGUUGUUCAUGGACAUACAGCAAAAGUUUGGAUUUUGAGAUAUUGCACAAUUUCAUGUCACUUUGUGUGCCAGAAAAGCACACAAUUAAACUCAGAGCUUAAAUACUACAUGGGUCAAGGUUCAUUGACGUGGGAGGAGGCACAGACGGCUUGCCGAGCCAAUGGAGACGACUUAGCGAGCAUCCUCACACAAGAGGAUUACACAGCAUUCCAAAGCAUAACAGAGACACAGCAGUUUGAAAUGUGGAUCGGACUCUACUGGAAGACUUCUACCAGAAUGUGGGAGUGGUCCAAUGGGGACCCCUUUCCAUACUGUGUGUCUGAGCCUCAACUGGGUGCUAGUAACUGCUGCUCCCUGACCCAUAAGGGCCAUUGGCAGACUGAAAACGUCACCCUGGAGAAGACAGACUGCUCUCUGAAGAGACCGUUCCUUUGCACUGGAAAAAAGAGAAUCAAGCAGACCAUUGUAAGGAUGUCUCUGGAAUCUAACACAGGAGCUGACCUCAAUGACCCAGUGGUAAAGGAGCAGAUGUUGGAGCAGAUCAGAAAGGAGAUUGCUAAGAACGGGAACUUCAUCCAAGACUUGCGAUGGAGAGAACUGCCUAACGGAGAUGUUUUUCGCAAAAUAGUUGAACUUAGAAGCCCUGAAGAAGGUCACUGUGGUUCUGGAUGAAGAGGACCAGCCAUGAUGAUGCAACAGGAGAGGGAUGGAAGUUUACUGUAAAUAACCCUAGUACCUCAUAAUAUAUGACCGUAUAUCAAUAACAUUAUCUUAGUUCAUGGACCAUGUUUUUCUUGAAUGAUAGAUAGCUUUAUGCUUAUGAAUGAAAAAUAUGAUGUCAAGUUAUUAGGCUAGAUUUAAACUCUACAAUGUUUUACUUUUGUAAUGCAAAAUUAUAAUGUACUAUUUUUGUUGGUGUAUGAAUGUAAUGUAAUAAUGUUUGUUGUACAUAAGGGGAAUUUGAUUAGUGAAGA